UUUUUCUCGACGGCGCUCGUGCUUCAGAGCGCCUUCUCGAGUAGCACAUCAGCGACGGCGAUUGAAAAGAGUGCCGUGGUUGCAGUCUGCGUGUUCUGCGCCAACAUUUUCCGCGUGAUGCAGAGGGCCGGGUCGCUGGCUACUGACUUGAG